UGAGGCGGCUCCUGAGGCGGCUCCUGAGGCGGCUCCUGAGGCGGCUCCUGAGGCGGCUCCUGAGGCGGCUCCUGAGGCGGCUCCUGAGGCGGCUCCUGAGGCGGCUCCUGAGGCGGCUCCUGAGGCGGCUCCUGAGGCGCCGCGGGGAUGGCUGACGAAGGGGCCGUUACCGUCUGCGUGCGGCUGCGGCCGCUCCUCGCCAGGGAGAGCGCUCUGGGGGACGAGGCGGCGCCUCACUGGAGGAGCGAGGGGAACACGGUCUCAGAAGUGAGCGGUGCCCGAGCCUUCAGCUACGAUCGUGUCUUUCACUCAAGUGACAACACACAGCAAUUAUACGAAGGUGUAGCUGUUCCAAUUAUACAAUCAGCCGUGCAAGGAUACAACGGCACCAUCUUUGCUUAUGGACAGACCUCCUCAGGGAAGACGUACACCAUGAUGGGGAACGAAGAUUGUGUAGGCGUUAUUCCUAAGGCAGUCCAACAUGUCUUCAAACUUAUUUGUGAGGUCUCCGACUGAAAGAAGGCUGCAAUAUAAAUCGGAGUUUGUUCAUUCUGGGCCAAGUUAUCAAAAAGCUUUGUGACGACCCUUCUGGUUUCAUAAAUUACCGUGACAGCAAGCUGACUCGAAUUCUACAGAACUCUCUUGGAGGAAAUGCUAAGACGGUUAUUAUUUGUACAAUCACUCCUGUGUCUUUUGAUGAAACACUCAGUACUCUUCAGGGAAAUCGAAAAACUAGCAAGAGACAAAGACAAUUCCACAGUCCAUCUAUCUGUUCUAAUCAUUUGAUCAACAACACAUACAGCUAGCUUGAAGCAUCCUUCGUUAUACUGUUUGAUCUACAAAGGAAGAG